AUGUCGCCCGAAAGCAUUGUGGCCCACAUGAACAAGUCGCACAAGCUGGCUCUUGAAGAUUACUUGUAUGCAUAUGGAGAUGUACCGAUCACAGACCAGAUUGCAAAUGUGCGGCUCGAAAAGAUCGAACUGACCCAUAUGACGCUAUCGUUUAAUCAUUUUGACGUCGAGUUUGAGAUCGAAAAAGUGGUGCUUUUUGACCCACCACUCCAGGACUGGGCUGAAUCUCGUCCCCGACUUGUCGAAAUGGCCAAAAUCGCCGCCGCCAAGCGUGGUUUUUCACACGUUCAAAUUAACGAGUUGAGCCCACCCAGUGGACUUUUAGGAUACGGAUUCAUCGCACUAGUGUUUUUACCGUUGAUGUGCUAUUUUUACCGGCCGUUGCUAAACUACGUGCCUUUUGUCGGGUCUUACUUCGAUAACGGCCGCUUGCUUCUCGGUAUUGAAUUGGCUGCGUUUAUAAUACACGUUGGCGAGUGUGUUUUCUAUCUAAAGCCACGACUAGACUUUUACCGGGUCCCCACCGACUUCCUUAUUGAAUGGUACUUUUUCGGGUGUCUCGAAGGCUAUCCUGCGGUUAGAAGGUUCGAGCAAUUGGCAAAAGAGAGAACGCUUCACUCGGAGUAA